AUGAGUAGCUUGGUUGAGAGGCUUCGUGUAAAAUCUGAUCGCAAGAAAUUUUAUACUAUAGACUUGUCGGAUGAUGAUGAUGAUGAUGAUUUAAUGCCCAGCAAAAGUCAGACAACUCAGGAGAAGUUUGAGAAGAUUGUUAGAAGUGAUGCAAAAGAGCAUUCAUGUCAAGCUUGCGGAGAGAGCGAAAAUCUUCUGAGCUGUGAAACAUGCACUUAUUCUUUCCAUCAUAGGUGUUUACUCUUUCCACUAAAAAGCUCCCAUCUGGACAACUGGAUGUGCCCUGAAUGUGAUAACCCACUUAAUAAUAUUGAUAAGAUAUUAGAUUGUGAUAUGCGCUCUAUUGUAGCUGGCAAAGGUGAUACCAAAAAUUUGGAAUCAAAAGAAAGCUUGGCCAAACAAUAUCUUGUUAAGUGGAAGGGACUAUCGUAUUUGCACUGCAGAUGGGUGCCAGAGGAAGAGUUUCUGAAAGCUUUCAAGAAUUAUCCUCGCUUAAAGACCAAAGUAAACAAUUUUCAUUAUCAAAAGGAACAAGUCAGACAAUUGGAUGAAGGUUUUGUUGCCAUUCGACCUGAAUGGACUGUUGUUGAUCGAAUACUUGCUUGCAGGGCAAAUGAUAAUGAGAAGGAAUAUCUUGUAAAGUGGAAAGAGCUUCCUUAUGAUGAAUGCCAUUGGGAGCUUGAGUCAGAUAUCUCUUUGUUCCAAGCAGAAAUAAAGAGAUUCAAUAUAUUUCAGUCUAGGACUAGGAAAAUUUCUUAUAGUAAGCAAAAAAGCAGGGAUAAUGAUGAUGCUGAAUUGAUAAAGCAGCACAAAGAAUUUCAACAGUAUGAACAAAGCCCCGAGUUUCUUUCAGGGGGGGCACUACAUCCAUAUCAACUUGAAGGAUUGAACUUUCUGCGAUUCUCUUGGGCCAAUGAAACCCAUGUUAUACUUGCUGAUGAAAUGGGACUUGGAAAAACCAUACAAAGUAUUGCUUUCUUAGCAUCUCUUUUCAAAGAGAAUGUUUCUCCACAUCUGGUGGUUGCUCCACUUUCUACACUACGAAACUGGGAGCGUGAAUUUGCAACUUGGGCACCUCAAAUGAAUGUUAUUAUGUAUUGUGGAUCUUCUCAAGCUCGUGGCAUUAUUAGAGAAUAUGAAUUUUACUUUUCAAAGAAUGAAAAGAACAAGAGAGUUAAAUCUAAAAAAAUUGUUACUACAAUCAAGUUUGAUGUCCUUUUGACAUCAUAUGAGAUGAUAAACUUGGACACCACCUGGUUAAAACCAAUCAAGUGGGAGUGCAUGAUAGUCGAUGAAGGUCACCGUCUCAAAAACAAGGAAUCUAAAUUGUUUUCUUCAUUAAAUCAAUACUCUAGCAGACAUCGCGUGCUUUUGACAGGAACUCCUCUUCAGAACAAUCUGGAUGAACUUUUUAUGCUUAUGCAUUUCCUUGAUGCUGGGAAGUUUGGAAGUUUAGAGGAGUUCCAAGAAGAGUUUAAGGAUAUCAAUCAAGAGCAACAGAUUUCAAGGCUUCAUAAAAUGUUGGCCCCACAUCUCCUGCGAAGAGUGAAGAAAGAUGUCCUGACUGAGCUACCUCCUAAAAAGGAGCUUAUUGUACGUGUUGAACUGAGCAGCAAACAGAGAGAAUAUUAUAAGGCAAUUUUGACUCGUAAUUAUGAGAUAUUAACUCGCCGUGGUGGAGCACAAAUUUCUCUUAACAAUGUUGUUAUGGAACUGCGUAAGCUAUGUUGUCAUCCGUACAUGUUGGAAGGAGUUGAACCAGUUCUGAACGAUGAAAAAGAAAAAUACAAACAACUGCUGGAAUCAUCAGGGAAGUUGCAAUUGUUAGACAAGCUGAUGAUGAAGCUUAAAGAGCAAGGGCACAGAGUCCUAAUAUAUUCCCAAUUUCAGAGCAUGUUGGACAAGCUUGAAGAAUAUUGUGUUUACAAGAAUUGGCAGUAUGAAAGGAUAGAUGGCAAGGUUGGUGGAGCUGAAAGACAAGUAAGGAUAGAUCGAUUUAAUGCUAAAAAUUCUUCAAGAUUUUGUUUCCUUCUUUCUACUAGAGCUGGUGGAGUGGGGAUAAACCUUGCAACGGCUGACACAGUUAUUAUAUAUGACAGUGAUUGGAAUCCUCACGCCGAUCUACAAGCUAUGGCCAGAGCUCAUCGACUUGGACAAACUAACAAGGUGUUGAUUUAUAGGCUUAUAACUCGAGGAACAAUUGAAGAAAGAAUGGUGGAAAUGACGAAGAAGAAAAUGUUGUUAGAACACUUAGUGGUUGGGAGCAUAAAGACUCAAAAUUUUAACCAGGAGGAGUUGGAUGAUAUCAUAAGGUAUGGGUCAAAGGAGUUAUUUGCUGAUGAGAAUGAUGCGGAGGGAAAAUCUCGUCAAAUUCAUUACGACGAUGCUGCUAUAGACAGAUUGUUGAAUCGCAAUCAAGUUGGAGAUGAAGAGGCCACUUUGGGUGAGACUGAUGAGGAUGGGUUUCUGAAAGCCUUUAAGGUGGCAAAUUUUGAAUAUAUUGAUGAAGCUGAGGCUGCAGAAGAAAAAAGUGAAAUAGAGGGUAAAUUUUCUGUCAGUGGAUCAGAAGGGAAAAGUUACUGGGAGGAAUUGCUAAAAGACAGAUAUCAAGAGCAUAAAGUUGAAGAGCUUAAUGUCUUGGGAAAAGGGAAACGAAACCGCCCAAAAUUUCUGAUGGUUUCUUUUAAGGGCGAAAAUUUUUCUCGACUAGAAGAUGGAAGCUCUGACGGUGAGGAUGACAAUUACGAAGUGGAUCUUACUGAUGGCAAUUCAAAUUCAACAGGAACUACUACUGCUAAAAGACCAUCCAAAAAGAAAGCUCGUUCUGCAGAUAACACAGACCCACUUCCUUUAAUGGAAGGCGAAGGAAAAUCACUAAGAGUGCUUGGUUUUAGUCAAAGUCAGAGGGCUGCUUUCCUUCAAAUUUUAAUGAGGUUUGGGGUUGGUGAUUUUGAUUGGAAGGAGUUUAUGUCCCACAUAAAGCAGAAGAAUUAUGAAGAAAUCAAAGAGUAUGGAACCCUUUUCUUGUCUCAUAUUGCUGAAGAGAUAAAUGACUCCCCUACAUUCUCAGAUGGUGUUCCAAAAGAAGGACUAAGAAUACAAGAUGUCCUUGUUAGAAUUGCGGUUUUGCUAUUGAUAAAGGAAAAAGUGAAGUUUGCAUCAGAAAAUCCUGGCACUCCACUUUUUUCAGAUGACAUCUUGUCACGCAAUAUAGGCUUGAAACUUACAAAGACAUGGAAGGAGGAGCAUGAUUUAGUCUUACUGCAUUCAAUUUUGAAGCAUGGGUAUGGAAAGUGGCCAGCUAUUGUUGAUGAUAUGGAUCUGAAUAUUUUGAUGGUCAUCUGUGAGGAGUUAAACAUUCCAUUCAUAAAUGUACCAGUAGGACAAGUUGGCUCUCAUAUGCCAAAUGAUGCAAAUAUGACAAAUGCAGAAUCCACCAGCAAUCAGUCUAGGCAGAAUAACGGCAGCGUCAUGGCAGUUAAUGGGGCAUAUGGUUCUUGUGAUGCUGGGAACCAAGAAAAGUUGCAUCAAGAGUCCUCUACGUUAUGUCAAUUUAGAGAAAUGCAAAGAAAACACGCUGAGUUUAUAAAAAAGAGGUUUCUUCUCUUAGAAAAAUGUAUCAAUUAUGAGUACCAAAAAGAAUACAAUGAUGAUAUGAAAGCUAGGGAAAGGACCAAUAAAGAACUCAAAAAUGAACCUAUGGCUACAAAUGUAGGAAGGCACAGAUUGGGGGAGACUCACACCCAAACGAUUGAUCAAUUGCCUCAAUUAGAUCCAAUAACUUUUGAAGAAAUCUGUACUUUUUCUGUUCGUGAUAAUAAUCCAAAUCGGUUGACAUUAUGUCAUCUUUACAAUGAGAUGUGUCACGCUGUGGAGACAAAUACUGCGGAUUUAGUUCAAGCAUCACUGUCCAGAGAGCUGACAGAAGUCAAUGCUAUGAAGAAUUUCCAUCAGCUAGCAACCAUCUGUGACCAUGUCAACAGAAUUCUAACACCACAAAAUCAAACCAUUUCAGAGCCAAUAGCAAAUUCUGAUAUCAAACCAGAUGUUGUAUCACAGACUGAAGUUUUGGAGCCUGAGUCCCAUUUCAUCAUCCCUCAAGAUGAAAGCAAAUCUAGAGAUAAUGGAGUCUGA